CGACGACGAGGAGGAGAAGAUAAAAAAAACAACAGCAUAAAACAACAACAACAACAACAACAAUUAUUUAAAUGUGAUGAAGGAAAUAAAUGAAUUACAUAAAACAAUGCAUACCUAUCAACAUACUCGACGUCACAAUAGUCGGACAUAUACCAGAUCCGGACAUGGCAGCUGGUGGACAACCAACCUUAGUGUCAGCCUUGUGGUUGCAUGAACAGAUCGAAAAAGAGGGUGCUUCAUCCAAGAACAUCCGAAUCCUCGAUACAACUUUUGACAGAUUCAAGAAAAUAGACACAUAUGAAGACUGUUAUUUGAAAGAACAUAUUCCAACUUCUCUUUUCUUCGACCUGCAUAAAUGUGUAGAAAGCACACCGGAAAUACCCCGAAAUUUACCGAAGGAAACCAGCUUCACAGACUAUGUGAGAAGUUUAGGGGUGUGGCCUGAUACCCACGUGAUUGUGUAUGACCGAAAUGACCUUGUUCCAGCGUUUCGUACAUGGUGGUUAUUCAGGUUAUAUGGCCAUAAAAAAGUAACGAUUCUAGAUGGGGGUCUACCGAAAUGGAAAGCAGAUGGGUAUGAAACAUCCACAGAUGUACCACAUGUUGAGAAAUCAAAUUUUGUGAUAACUAUGGAUAAAAGCCUGUUGUUUACAUAUGACGACAUGAAUGAGAACGUGACGAAGAGUAAGAGCCGACAGAUUGUGGACACUAGAAAACGUGACGACCCUAAAAUGAUAGACAGGAAACUUGAUGGUGGUAUGAUUCCAAUGUCUAAACUGUUACCAUACACCGACCUCUUCAAUACGGACCUAACUAUGAAAUCUCC